GCGGAAUGACCGGACAUGGACGGACCAAUCACAGCGCACCGUAUCAUUACACCUUCUUUUCAGAAAUCAUUCAUAACGCCGAUGCGUCAAACGCGCACAGAGCACUCGGCUAUAAAUACGGCGGCGCGCGGCGCACAGUUAGUCAUUCUCGCUAAAUCAAAGGAAAGGCGCAACAGAGCAAGGACCGAGGGAGACCGGCGUUUUCAUCUUUGGCCAACAUCAUCCGCGCUUUUGCUCUGCACUUCACUUCCACCUUCUAGCACCCAGAUCAUGCUUGCUAUGCGUGGAUUGCCUCUGAGACAGGUCGCGGUGGCAGCGGUGUGCUUCGCGCUCGUUGCAGUCACGCUGGGGUCCCCGGUGGUGGGGCCAGAGCCGUUCCGAUGCGCUCCGUGCACCCCGGAGAGGCUGAGCCAGUGUCCUGUGGUGGCGCCCGGGUGCGCCGAGGUGCUGCGGGAGCCCGGCUGUGGAUGCUGCCUCGCCUGCGCCCUGAAGGCAGGGGAGCUCUGCGGGAUCUACACGGCGCCGUGCGGCUCCGGACUGAGGUGCACCCCAAGACCCGACGACCCCCGGCCGCUCCACUCCCUCACCCGGGGACAAGCCGUGUGCACGGAGAGCGCCGCACCGCAGCCCACCCCCGAGCCCCAGACUCAAGAUCUGGCAGAACCGGAACCGGAGCUGGACAACUCAGCCACCUCCUCGGACCCCGGCUCCAGCCCAUACCUCCCGGGUCUUGGGAAGCCCUACGACGUCCAGGAGAGCAUGAAAGCCAAACUCAUCGCCAUCCGCAGGAAACUGGUGGAGCAGGGGCCCUGCCACCUGGAGCUGCAGACUGCUCUAGACAGGAUCUCAAAAGCCCACGAGAAGUUAGGAGAGAAGUUAACCAGAUUCUACCUCCCCAACUGCGACAAGCACGGCCUUUACAAACAAAAACAGUGUGAGUCUACUCUGGACGGACAGAAGGGCCGAUGCUGGUGCGUGAGCUCCUGGAAUGGCAAGAAGCUUUUAGGCUCCUCCGACCUUCCCUCAGAAGCUGACUGUCGUUAAAGCGGAGCCAGCAGAGAAGAAGCAAGCCACUGGUCCCCUUGGUAGCUGUUUAUUUAUUGAUCUUGUCCAUGGUGGUGUUUAAUUCAGGUACACUGUCAUUGUGGGACAGAGGGUCGUUCCCCUCCACCCCCCACCCCACCCCCCAUCCCAAAGAGAGAAAAUCUAUUUUUGUUUUUCUGUAAAGGAGAUUUUAAUAUUGAUGCAUUUAUUUCUGCUCUUCUGCCUUAUUUAUUUUGGAUUAUUUUUUGCAUUUUAUUUGUUACUUGUAAUUAUUCAUGAGUAUUUAUAUAUUUGGCCUUACUGUUAUGAUGUUGUUGUUUGUAUGUGUGUAUAACGUGUACAUAUGUGUCGUGGUCCUGAGAAACUCCACUGCUGAGUUGAGCUUGCUCGGCCCGUGGAGGGGUUCGGUUUGGGUCGAACCCACCGGAACUAAAGCACUGAGUGACCAAAUGUUAUGAUUCUUUACUGCCAUUGUUAUUUCUAUAUUAUUAUUAUUAUUAUUGGUAUUUUAUGAUGGGAUACAUCGGCUCUUGUCAGCGAAUGCAAAACCUCUCAGUUGGGAAUCCCCCACGCCCUCAGAAAACCUUUCCCAUGAUCCCAUGGGGCUGCAGAUUGCAUGACAGGCGGCGAGUUUCCGCUCCGCCUCUCAGACGGGUAUUUCUACAUGAACCUACCUCCGAUAUUUACGUGUCUGCUGUCGUUUGCAUUGAUGUAUCUGUCCAAAACAAAGACUUGUGUUGUUGCUGUUCUCCCUGGCCAAGAACACAUGACCACAAGGAGCUGUGGCUCUGUCUACAUGCUGCUGUUGGAGAGAGGAUCGGUGUGUGUGUGUGUGUGUGUGUGUGUGUGUGUGUGUGUGUGUGUGUGUGUGUGUGUGUGUACACUUUUGUAACUGAGAUGUAAUGAAAGAGAAAAGGUGAUAUAUUUAAUAAAACAUUAACCUCA